AUGGACCGAAUCGAGGAACAACCUGACUUGCUGGAAGAACAGCGGGCAAUGCACGCCGAGGUCAGCGGCUUGCAGGCGAGUCACAGCCUGGAGCUGGAGCGGCUUCGCGAGGAACUGGGCCGAGAACGCGAGCUGCAUCGGGAGGCGCGGAUGGCCCAGGCAACGGUGGUGCUGAUGAUCCCCAAUGCCAAGCAAUUGCAACUCGUGGUGUCUGCAGAGGCUUCUCAUGUGCUCCACGGUCUCCAAGCACAGAGGGAUGAGAAGGUGAAAGAUCUUCAAGAGGAGCUACGAAAUCUUAGCGAUGGGUUAGCUCAGAAGGAAGAAGACAUGUUGAAUAUUCAGUUCAGCAUGGCUGAACUACAGAACCGCUGUGUUGACCAGGGCGUCAGUGCCUCAGACAGUGCAACAGCCGUUGCUUUUGACAACGGAGCAAGAUUUCAGAGUGCCGACGUCUUGCUGGUCUUGGCUGGCAAACUUCUUCCAUAUGAUGCAACGUGGGAGGAUGUUGGUCGGCCAUCAGAAGUGGAGGUGGUGACCCUUCCUCCCGUGAUGGAUUUUACCGCCUCUCUGUUCCACGCAGUCCAGAAGGGAGAUGUUCGUGCGGUUGAAUCGAUCUUGUUGAAAUGCCAGGAUCCGAAUUGUCAGGAUACCAGAGGCAACUGGGCCUUUUUGAAAGCGAGCACGACACCGUACUGCAAAAGUGAGAUGUUGCGUUUGCUCCACGAAGCUUCUGCCGAUGUGCGUGUGGCCGAUCGUUCUGGUCGUACAGCUCUCCAUGCAGCUUCAUCUUGUGAUGAAGGUGAAGUUGUGAAUUUUCUUCUCGAGUGUCGCGCAGACCUGGAAGCAGCUGAUACAUUUGGACGGACUGCGCUGCACUUGGCUGCUUUGAGGGUUUGCGGGCAGGCUGCCCAAAGAUUAUUGGAGUGGGGUAUCCAGAAGAACAGAGAAGACAGCAGUGGCACUACUGCCUUGCACACUGCAGCCGACAAGGGGAACCAUGGUGUCUUGUGUGUACUGCUGGGGGCCCAUGCAGAUAUGGAAAAAACUGAUUCAAAUGGUCUGACUCCUUUACAUGCAGCAGCAUCGCGCGGCCGCAUGAAAGUGGUGGUGGAUCUUGUGUCUCAUUCGGCAGACAUGAACAAACCAUGUCUCAAUGGCAUUACCCCACUUCAUGCAGCUUGUGAUCGAGGAUAUGGCCAGAUUGCAGAUUUUUUGAUCCAAAGUCGGGCAGACUUGGACCAGGGAGACCUCUUUGAAAGCAGCCCUCUACAUGCAGCUGCAGCAGCUGGUCACCAUGAAGUGGUGCGCCUGAUGGUGGAAGGACGUGCAGAUCUUCAAGUAGGAAAUGUCAAUGAUGUUAGCCCAUUGCAUGUUGCAGCAGCACAGGGUCAGAUCCAGGUGGUAGAACUUCUGGUUGCUUCUGGCGCACAGAAAGACAAAGUGAACUGCUUUGGCGCAACACCCUUGCGCGGUGCAGCGGAACAAGGACAUUAUUCAGUUGUGAGUUUUUUGCUACAGAUCAGAGCGAGUGGCACAAUCACUGACAACAGCAACAGCACUGCUUUACAUUCAGCGGCUGCACAGGGCCACUACGACAUAGCUAAGAUCUUAGUGCAGUCCAAGUCGGAUGUGAAUGGCGUGACUUGUGAUGGAAUGACCCCUUUGCAUGCAGCAUCAAUGCGAGGAGAUUCCGAUUUGGUGGAGUUUUUGCUUCGUUGCAGAGCCAAUCCCAACCAAGAAAAUGUGAAAGGGGAGCUGCCUUUGCAUGCCGCGUCAGCUUUGGCGCAUGCACGUGUGGUGGAGUAUUUGUUGGGUGCCCGCGCAAAGGUCAAUCAUGUGAAUAGGCGUGGUUUCUCUGCUCUGCACACAGCUGCUAGUCUGGGACGUGUGGAGGCUGCUCGUGCGCUUGUUGAGGCAGGUGCUGACAAAGAGCUGCCAGAUGAGGUGGGAAAUACCGCAUUGCGGGCAGCUGCGCGCCAGGGCAGUAUGGAGAUGAUUUGUUUGUUGGUUGAGGCUGGGGCCCAGCAAACCUUUGACAAAACUUGGGAGUGAGGCCCCAGCAUCGAGGUGACGAAUGAGCAAGGACAGUUCAGCCUGUGUGGCG